UGGGGCAGGAAUCUGUGCCAUGGAGCCAGCCAGGGUCCCAGGAGACUGUCAGAGCAGCCAGCCCCGCUGCUGAGAUGCUUGGGAAAUUGCCUUGAGCACACCCCCAAAGAUCAGGGUACCCUGCCCCCAUCUGGAGGCGAUAAAGUUGAGGGUGCUGGGGAAUUCUGGUAUGAGCGUUCAGUUCCUGAAGUCUAGCUUCGCUCUGCGUAGAAGAAUUCAGGCAUCAUUCUCCAGUGGGGGUCUUGAUCGCCGAAGUCUGAAUGCCAGUGGCUGAGGCGGAGGCCUAGAAACAGGACCACUGCGGAGUAGAGGUGGAGAGAAAACUGUCAGGAAGAACCUAAAUAUCUCAGAGAAAUUGUUCUGAGUCUCACCACAUCUGGCCUCAAAGCCAAGCAAAUUGCUUUCUUCACGAUGGAUAAAAUUGGGGUAUUCUGAGGUUAUAGAGCAGCGGCUCACCGGAAGUCCUAUGGCCCGACACGUACAUCCCGGGAAGGAAAAUGCUUUGUGGACCCUUGUGCCGAUUCCUGUGGCUAUGGCCCUAUCUGUCCUAUGUUGAAGCUGUGCCAAUCCGAAAAGUCCAGGAUGACACCAAAACCCUCAUCAAGACGAUUGUCACCAGGAUCAAUGACAUUUCACACACGCAGUCUGUCUCCUCCAAACAGAGAGUCGCUGGUCUUGACUUCAUUCCUGGGCUCCACCCUGUCCUGAGUUUGUCCAAGAUGGACCAGACAUUGGCCAUCUACCAACAGAUCCUCACCGGUCUGCCUUCUAGAAACGUGGUCCAAAUAUCUAAUGACCUAGAGAACCUCCGGGACCUUCUCCACCUGCUGGCUUCCUCCAAGAACUGUCCCUUGCCCUGGGCCAGGGGCCUGGAGACCCUUGAGAGCCUGGGCGGUGCCCUGGAAGCCUCACUCUACUCCACGGAGGUGGUGGCCCUGAGCAGGCUGCAGGCUUCUCUACAGGACAUGCUUUGGCGGCUGGACCUCAGCCCUGGGUGCUGAGGCCUGGAAGACCUCUCGUCCCAAAGUCGAGGAGAGAACCCAUGGCUCCCAGGUGUCUUCAGCAGAGAGCCUGUGUGGCUGUCCUUUAUCCAGGCCCCAGGCCAUUAGUCUCUCACACCUUUGAGCCACUCUUCCAAAGGCAUAAGCCUUCAAGGCACGAAACCAAAGAUAGAAUGCAUGAUUCCGUGCUCACCAGGAAGGGAGACCCACCCGGCAGUGAACCGGACCUGAGGAUCUCACAAAAGCCUUCCUUCCUGUGCCACCUCCCCUCUCACCGCAUGCUUCAGCGUGACCUGGGGUGAUUUCAGGAGGCACCCGCUGAGCCUUUGGACCAUCAAGCGAGGUUCUGUCUGAGAAUUCUGAGAACACCAUGACGGUUACAUCCACAUAGCUGCAAACUCCCAAGCAACACAUUAUUUAUUCUGCGUUUUAUCCUGGAUGGAUCUGAAGCAAAACAGCAGCUUUUCCAGGCUCUUUGGGGCCAGCCAGGGCUAGGGACGCUGCUUCCAGCCCCGCUGGUGGGCCUGGCUAAGGCAAACCCAUUUCUAUGUGACUUGAGGGCUCUCAAGUUAGUUCUUUGGUAACUGGUUUUGUUUCUACCGUGACUGAUGUGAAAUUACAGUGUUUGCAAUGGUAUUGCCCUGAGCAGAUCUCCAAGGACCAGGUUCUUCCAAAAAGAAGAUGAAUUUUGUCAAGUGUGAUAUAUAGAUGCGUGCACCUGGAGGUGGGGGAACGUGUUAGUGGGAAGAGGAAGGAUCAGAAUGUAUUCUCUGAAUUACAUUUGUGUGAUGGGCUCUUCGGAUGGGGUGGAGUCAUUUUCUCAUCUCUGCAGCCACUUAGUGUGGUUUUCUGGAAAAUAACAAAGGAGAUGACUCCUUUGGGGGGGGUUGUGGGGUUUUGGCAGCCACCUAUGGAGGGAAGCUGGGGACUGUCUAUUGGGACAGUUGUGAGCUCUGGCCUUCUCCAAUUGCGAGAGAGAGGUCUUUCUUAUCAGGGAGUGAGGAUCCCUCACUGGAGACCAUGAUCCCCAGAGUAGGGGUCCUUGGAAUGGUCUGGGGAUGAUCCCACACUGGAUUUAUUACAUGGCAGUACCCCUACUUGGGAUUUGCAUGCCAAAUUGUGGUUCUCAUCAGACUGGCUCACCCAAAGCACGACCAUGUUUCCUACCCA